GGCCACCGCGGAAAUUUCCCUCCAUCGCAAGACUUACCCUUUUCUUCGUCGCCCUAAAAAAAGGAACUCUCGAAUUAGGGUUUAUGUGUGGAUUCCCAGUGGAGCGACAGCGAUUUGCGAGACGCGCGAUCUCUUGGAGGUACUGGCCCUUAAGCGAUGGAUUGGGGCAAUGUGAAACUGGGGGAGCUCGUCGAUGCGCUCAAGGAGGUGGAGUGGACGACGCCGCCGAGGCCGCUAGCUGAAUUCUUCGCCAAAUUCGCGAUUCCAAAGACCAGGGCCAAAUGGGAGAGCCGAGUCAAGUGUAAUCUCUACUACUAUAGAACGAACUACUUCCUCUCCAUAGCUUUCAUCCUCUGCAUAGGCUUCAUCCGUAAUCCUCUAGCGUUCAUAGCGGUUCUCAUCUCGAGCAUUGGCACUGCGUGUCUCAAUGACAGCUUUGCCUUGUCCGUGAACGAGAGGCUAACGCGAGCGAUCCGAAGAUUAUCUCCUCCUCUUGCUUCAAAGAUGAGACCACCGACGUCUGUGGGAGUACGGGGCCGUCCUUUGAAAGGAAACGUGUACAUUUGUGGCACAGAUCGCAGGAUCGUCGUUUUAAGUAUUCUAUCACUGAGCGCGUUGUUUUGGUACAUAUCCUCGGCCUUCAAGACCGUCCUUUACGCACUCGCUCUGGGAUUCAUUCUCUCGCUUCUACACAUGUCCUUGCGGACUCCAAAUCUCAAGGCUCGCUUGAAUGCGUACCGCGAAGAGUUUCGCGCUGGGUGGCGUGGUUUAAACAGUGAUGCUUAAACGAGCUUUCCACUCGCCUCGAAGAAGGAAAGAUUUCUUCCCUAUAUAUAUUUUCACGGCCUUUUCUUUU